GGAUGCUGAUGCUGCGGUCAGAGUGCGCAUGCGCCGAAUUUUCCACACUGUUCUCUUGUCGCAUCUUCUCUGUAAGCAAUAAGUUCAUUUCUAAACGACGAGUGCCUCCAGGAUUCAAGAAAUAGGCUGCGGUUUUUCUCAACAUGACAUCUCGUGUUGGACCCAGAGCAAGCAGUCCUAAUAGAAGUGACUUUAAACCCAGAGAGAGGGUGGUCCCCCAUUACCAGAUGAGUGCUUCUCUGAAGUCUGAGGUACAAAAACUAAACUUGGUCCACCUUCUGAUCUGGCUGCUUGUAGCUGCACAAGUGACCGUCAGCCACUUCAACCUGGUAUCCCAUGAUACAGUGUCCAUACCAUACCAAUGGGAGUACCCCUACCUCCUCAGCAUCCUCCCUCUGCUCUGCAGCAGCCUGUCUCUCCCAAAAAACAACAUCAGCUACUUGGUCAUAUCCAUGUUAAGUGCUGGGCUGUUCUCUGUCACGCCUCUUAUUUAUGGCGGUAUGGAGAUGUUUCCUGUUGCACAGCAGCUGUACCGCCACGGAAAAGCCUACCGCUUCAUUUUUGGUUUUUCUGCAGUGACCGUCAUGUACCUGGUCAUGGUGGUUGCUAUUCAAGUACAUGCCUGGCAGUUAUAUUACAUGAAAAAACUGCUAGACUCGUGGUUCGACACAACUCAGGAAAAGAAGAAGAAGUAGCUUCACAUUUGUGACUGGAUUUUUUUUUUAUUCUUAGAUGAGCUAUAUUUCUUUAUCACAAUCUGUUGUAUCUUAUCCUCAACAAAUCAUAAAAAGAUGUUUGAGUUCAGUCUUCUCCAACAACGAGUUAUUUUUAUCUUUUGUUCAACAUUAUUUAUUCAAGGUCACACAGUCAAAAGUAACUAAUUUUAACGCACUGAUGGUCACAUUUAAAAAAAUGUUUAUAAAAGGAAUGAUUCCGUCUGCCUGAAUGUUUUGUAUGGAUGACAUGAUCUGAGUAUUAAUAAAAUGUGUUUCAAUUAA